AUACCGACAAUGUCGGCAAUUGCACCUAAUUGAUUUGUUUGCGUUUGGCAAUCAUAUAAAAUUGAACGGAAAGUGCAAAAAACAAACAUAACUCACCAAUCAAGUGCCAGUCGAUCGGAAGUUGGGACGAACUUAGCGAAGAUUCUAAUUAUGAUCAUUGGAGUAACUUUGUGAUCGUCAGCUAACAAUGAAGUUCAACGCAGAGUUGUCUAUUAUUUUCUUGCUGUAUGUGCUGGAAUCAUUAGAGUCGAAGCCCACGGCCAAUUUACCUAUCCCACGUGCAAUCGGACACCCAUCAGCAACACUCAGACGAAAAAAUGUCGACAUCUUGGCCGUAGCAACCAAACAUGUACCAGUAAAAGUGGAAAAGCAUUCGGAGAGUGGACAUUCAUCCGAAGGAAGUAAGAAAUCUCGUCAUGGUGAACAUCAUGACAAUUCGGAAGAAAAGAAACUGAGCAAGGGCUUGCAUCAUAAGUCGUCCAAAGAUAGUACAUCGGCAAAAAAAGGAAGCGAUACCAAAGAGAGCCACAACAAGGAAUACGACGAAGAAGCUGGUCACGAUAAGAAAACUGAAGACGAAGCCCAUGAGUCAUCAUUCGAUGAGGACGGCGAUCAUAAAGUUUAUGGCAGUGAGCAUAAGAGUGCCGACAAACACAAAGUGCGAAAGUUUGAACAAGGUUUCUUCAAAUCGUAUCACAAAAAGGAACGGAACAAGAAAUCAAACUUUUUCGAAGACCAUCAUCAGGGCGGCGAUUACAAGAAGUUCGGCCAGGGGAAGGAGAAAUACUACAAAACCAGUUCAGCUAAAAAGGCGAAAAAGGACGGAAAGACCAGCAGCAGUUCUACAUUCGAGGAUUCAAAAAAGAAAAGCAAAAUAAAAUGAUAAGAAAAUUGAAACAUCAAGUGACUUUACCGAAUUUCCAGCAACGCCUCCCU